AUGGGAUCCUUCGAUCAUGCAUCGAAUUCGGGCAACAAAGAAUCAACACAGUGGAUUCUUGAGAAUGCGGAGGUUGAUAACAUGGUUUCUUCAGGUUCCCCGACUUCUUCUUCCAAUCAUAACAAGGAUAAGCCGCCCGUAAGCGGAAUCGUUUCCAAGUUUGAGAAACUGAGAUCUUUUGAGAGGCAGGGGAGCAAUGUGAGGAGGAGGAAUCCCUCUUAUGGAAGCGUUAAUGCUCCAAAGAUGAUGGCUAGGCAAGAAUCAGGCGCAGCCAGGGGACUCAGGAGCUUGCGGUUUCUCGACCGGACCAUGACCGGGAAAGAAACCGAUGCCUGGAAGGCGGUCGAGAAGCGGUUUAUUCAGGUUGCAUCAGCUGAUGGAAUGCUGUUAAGAGACAAUUUUGGUUUCUGUGUUGGGAUGGCUGAUAGUAAAGAGUUUGCUGGAGAGUUGUAUGAUGCAUUGGGAAGAAGGAGGAUGAUCAAAACUGAAAAUGGGAUUACCAGAGAUCAAUUGAGGGUGUUUUGGGACGACAUGACAAGCCGUGAUCUUGAUUCUAGGCUGCAAAUAUUCUUUGACAUGUGUGACAAAAAUGGAGAUGGGAAGCUAUCAGAAGAUGAGGUCAAAGAGGUUUUAGUGAUGAGUGCCUCGGCGAAUAAGUUAUCGACCUUCAAGAUGCACGCUGCAACAUACGCUUCGCUGAUCAUGGAAGAGCUUGAUCCUGAUCACAAUGGAUACAUAGAGAUGUGGCAACUAGAAGCUUUACUGAGAGGGAUGGUUGGGUCAGAAGAAGGUGUACAUAAUACAAAAAGGACUCAAACAUUGGCAAGAACCAUGAUUCCGAAAAGAUAUAGGACUCCAAUUAGCAAAUUUCUUGUCAAAGGCACUGAGUUAAUACAAGAUAACUGGCAAAGAAUAUGGGUUUUGGAGCUGUGGUUGGGGGUGAAUUUGACAUUGUUUGCUUUAAAGUUUGAGCAAUACAGGCAAAAACCAUCAUUUGAAGUACUAGGUUACUGUGUCUGUUUCGCAAAGGGGGCUGCUGAGACACUCAAGCUUAAUAUGGCUUUGAUUCUCAUACCAGUAUGCAGAAGAACUCUUACCAGAUUGAGGGAAACUUUCCUUGGUGCAUUGAUACCCUUUGAUGAAAACAUCAACUUCCACAAGAUAAUCGCUCUAGCGAUCGUGAUAGGAUCUUGCAUUCACAUACUCAGCCAUAUAUUUUGCAACUUGAUAAGGCUAACAAGUUGUCCAAGUAAUGUAUUCAUGCGCAUUUUUGGAGAGUCCUUUGCAUAUCACCAGCCUACUUAUUUUGGUCUGCUGGCUACUCUUACGGGCACAACCGGCAUUCUGAUGACCUUUCUGAUGUCUAUAUCUUUUACACUAGCAUUGCAUUCAUUCAGAAGGAAUGUCGUAAAACUGCCAGAACCAUUCAACAAGUUGGCAGGAUUCAAUUCUUUCUGGUAUGCGCAUCAUCUGCUCGGUUUGGUGUAUAUACUCUUGAUUUUACAUGGCUACUUCCUGCUCUUCCACGUCGUCUGGUACAAAAGGACGACAUGGAUGUAUCUUUGUGUUCCAAUGCUCAUGUAUCUCAGUGAAAGAAUACUUACAAGGUAUGAUCACAAGUUCCAGGUUGACAUAGAGAAGGCAGUUAUAUAUACAGGAAAUGUCCUAGCAUUGUACAUGAGCAAGCCUCUAGGAUUCAAGUAUAAGAGUGGGAUGUACCUUUUUGUGAAAUGCCCGGACAUUUCAGGUUUUGAAUGGCAUCCUUUCUCCAUCACUUCUGCUCCGGAUGAUUCGUAUCUAAGUGUCCACAUUCGCACUUUGGGAGAUUGGACUACAGAGCUUAGAAACAAAUUUUCCAAGGCCUGUGAAAAUCAAAAUGCACAACCAAGAAUGGGAAGCCUUAUUAGGUUGGAAACAAGGGCGCGCUCCGGUCCUGCUGAACAAUUACAGGCAGGGUUCCCAACUAUCUAUAUCAAAGGACCUUAUGGAGCACCAGCUCAAAGCUACAAGAAAUACGACAUCCUUCUACUAAUCGGCCUAGGGAUAGGGGCGACGCCAUUCAUCAGCAUUAUAAAAGACAUCUUAAACAAUCAAACUGAAUUUGACAUUGAAGAGGCCAGUAAGAAAGGUCCAAGAAGAGCCUACUUCUAUUGGGUCACGCGGGAACAAGGCUCGUUCGAAUGGUUCAAAGGGGUCAUGGAUGACAUUGCAGAAUAUGAUGAUUCUCAUGUGAUCGAGAUGCAUAAUUACUUAACUAGUGUGUAUGAAGAAGGAGAUGCAAGAUCAGCAUUGAUUGCAAUGGUACAGUGGCUACAACAUGCUAAGAAUGGAGUAGAUGUUGUCUCACAAAGCAGGAUAAAAACUCAUUUUGCAAGACCAAACUGGAAAAAGGUGUUCUCUCAGCUUGCAAAUAAGCAUCCUUCUUCAAGAAUUGGGGUGUUCUACUGUGGGAGUUCAUCUCUUGCAAAGCCACUCAAAAGGCUCUGCCAAGAAUUUAGCUUGGAAACAUCAACCAGAUUCCUAUUCCACAAGGAAAACUUCUAG